AUGUCUAUAUGGCAAUUGAUCCCUUUGGUAGAAGAAUUCUACUUCUUCGGCACUACUUCAUUUCGCUCCUAUCGGCCGAGAAAGUCUCUUGGAAGAAGCUCCUCAGCGUAUGAUGGUGACCGUGAUGAGCUCCAACCGCUCAUUGCCGAGAGCAACUGGCCUACGGCCCUGGUGCGCAGCCAGAGAGCUAGGGCAGCGGCUCUCAGUAGUGUCGCGAGGCGUCAAGCGCAGCAGGCUACCCACUCUGGUGAGAGUGUCGGUGAUGCAAGUGGUCGACGGUCCAUCAUUCCCUCAAAACCCGAGAAACGAGAUCGAAAUUCGCAACACGGUUCUACUCAGCGUUAA